AUGUCGUGACAUAAUAUUAAUUCCGGUAUUCUUAUUAUGUCGGGACAUAAUAAUAAUUCCGAAUUUCCAUUAUGUACAUAAUUUUAAUUCUAAUGCUAAAGAUCUGUGUUUCUAUAGGUUGGCAAUACUACAAGUACGUAUGUUAAGCUCGCUACGUAGGUGACGCCAUAGUGCAUGUUAUCUCUAGAGACCCUAAAUAUAAGAGACUAGUCAACGUUCUAGUUCUAAUUCUAGUUGGAUGAAAAAUGGCGGACGCAGGCUGCAUUCCAGUUAACGCUCGCAAUGGUCGCAGCGUUACUAACCAAACGACGAGCGAUGCGUAACAUAUCGCGAUGCGUAACGUAUAUAAAUAUUAUUGUAGUAAUUAUAAAUAAGUAAUAUGUAAUAUAUAGAGAUAAUGACGGGUUGUAGCAUAUUGGGGUGUAAAAACAGAACCGAAGGCGGAUUUAUGUUAAUUGGUUUUCCAACAGAUCCGCAAAGAAAAAUGUUAUGGUUACAGUCCAUUGGAAGAGAAAAGUGGCAACCAAAUAAGUCAUGUAUUUGUAAAAUCCAUUUUGCUUCAAAUAUGUGGGAGAAACCUCGACAAGAUAGUACAAAAAAAUUGAGAAGAGAUGCCAUACCAACUAUUUUUCCUAUUUAUGAAAAACAGUUACCUGAAACAACUAAUAUAUUUCUCGAUGAACAUGAAUUACAAGUACAGAAAUUACGAACCACUGAAGGCGACAAUGAACACAUUGAAAAAUCCAUAAGCAUUGAUACAGAUAACAGUCAAUUUGAAGAUAAUUCUGUAUUGUUUUCUGGCAGUUUUCAAUCAUAUGAUCAACUGAAUGAUUCAGCAACAUCAUUAUGUAAUACAACAGCGUUUACAUUGGAGCGUGCUGUUGAAGAAAUACAUUUGUUACAACAGAAACUAGAAGAUAGAGGUAUACAGGUAAAAGAAGCAAACGAAAAAUUUACGAAAUUACAAAAAGAUCAUAAGUUGAAAUACUCGAACAAAAUUCUCAUGAAUCGUGUUAAAAAAUUCAGAAGCACGCAUAAACUGCGACUAGAAAAAACGAUUCUACAUAAAGUGUUUAACGAUGAUCAAACUCGAUGGUUACAAUCAGAUUCUAGUAAGCGACGCAUUAGUAGUUGGUCAAAGGAAACUAUUAAGAAAGCUCUUCGCAUAAAAGCUUGUUGUACCAGUAGUGGUUAUGCGCAGUUGAUUAAAGAAAAUAUUCCGUUACCUUCACUGCGUACCUUAAGAAGAUCUGUUGAAGGUUUGGAUUUUUCCUCUGGAAUAUUAGACGACGUUUUUGACGCUAUGAAGGAAACAAUUAGACAGUUUACAGACUACAGACAUUGCGAUUGCAUGCUUGGCCUUGAUGAAGUAGCUAUAACACCCGGUGAACAAUUUGAUUCUUGUACAAAUUCACUUAUAGGAAAUUUUACUAUUCCUAACAGUCGUGGUAAUUCCUGCAUAAUUCAAUUUAUAACAAUAUAUAGGGUAAAUGAUAAUUGGUAAUUGAUAAUUGAUCAUUUAGUUUCAUUUGCUACUUCACACACUUUUAAGGAGAAAACACUACAGCUACGCAUGGCUUGGUAUUUAUGCUUGCUGGCAUAUUUCAUCGGUGGAAGCAAGUGGUAGCAUAUGAAUAUACUCCUGGUGGCUUUA